AUGUCCAUCUUACGUUCUCUAAAAGAAGAGUGCAUGAAAGAACGUCAUUGGAUGGAGUUGCGAAAAUUGAUUGGAGCAAAUUGGGUCCUAACUCAACUCACAUUAGGAGACGUUUGGGAUCACAAAGUUUUGAAUUAUGAGAAAGUAGUUCGAGAUAUCAUUGAAAAAGCUCGUGGAGAGUUCGGUCUUGAGAUUUACCUUGCUCAAUCUCGUGAGUUAUGGAAUACCAUGAAAUUCGAGUUUGCCAAUUACGCCAAUAAGUGUUACCUUGUCAAAUCUUGGGAAGAAAUUUCAACACAAAUUUUGGACAAUUUAAAGACCUUCACAUCCAUGCGAAAUUCACCCUUCUUCAAAGCAUUUGAAGACGAAUGCUCAUCCUUGGAAACCAAGGUUAAUAGAAUAAGAAUAUUGUGUGAUGUUCUUAGUGAAGUUCAAAGAGUAUGGGUAUAUUUAGAGGGAGUCUUUUCUGGAAAUGUUGAUAUUCAAUAUCAACUUCCAAAGGAAACUCAAAGAUUCCAAUCUGUCGAGCAUGAAUUCAUAUCUUUGAUGAGAAAGAUCCAUGCCAAUCCACUUUGUUUUCAGGUAGUUAACAUUCCAAACAUUGUUCCAUCUUUGGAAAAGCUUUCAGAACAGUUAAACAAGCUCCAAAAGUGUUUAGGAGAAUAUUUGGAAAAACAACGUGCUGCAUUCCCGAGAUUUUAUUUUGUUGGAGAUGAGGACUUACUUGAAAUUAUUGGAAAUUCUAAUGAUCCACAAAAACUUCAAAAACAUCUCAAGAAGAUGUUCUCUGGAAUAUCAUCUCUUGAAUUUGUGGACCAUAAGGCUAUCGCAAUGUGCUCCAGAGAAGCCGAAAUUGUAACAUUGGAAAAUGAGAUUCCAUUCAAUUCUAAUGACUCCAUUCAGGUAUUUUUAUCGAAAUUAGAGAAAGAAAUGCGUCAUACUCUUUGCUUACUCAUGGAUCGGUCAAUUAGAACGUUGCAAGCACUAUUGGAGCAUGACAGAAUAGCUGCUAAAGAGUUGGAAAAUUGGAUUUCACUUUAUCCAACCCAAGUGAUUGUAACUUCUACUCAAGUGUGUUGGACUUUUCUUAUGGAAAGACAACUUCAAUCUACUACUACUUGUAAUCUAUUUCUUGUCUAUCAAAAGAUUGUUGAGUUUCUUGAAAUUUUAACAGACAUGUCAUAUAUUGAUGCUACUAACACUUUGCAAAGAAAAAAGCGUGAACAAUUGAUUAAUGAACUUGUUCAUCAAAAAACUGUGACAAGACAAUUGAUUACAUCCAAUCUCAAGAGUAAUAAGGACUUUGAUUGGCUCUAUCAUAUGAGAUAUUAUUGGAAUGAGCGUGGUCAAGAUGUCAAUGAGAAACUUAUUGUUAAGAUUGCUAAUGCAGAGUUUUGUUAUGGGUUUGAAUAUCUAGGUGUCAUUGAAAAACUAGUACAAACUCCUCUCACUGACAAGUGCUAUUUGGCUCUUACUCAAGCGCUCAAUUCCAGGCUAGGAGGCUCGCCAUUUGGACCUGCUGGUACAGGAAAAACAGAAACGGUCAAAUCACUUGGAGCUCAAUUAGCAAGAUUUGUAUUAGUGUUCAAUUGUGAUGAUACCUUCGACUGUAAGGCAAUGGGCAGAAUUUUCCUUGGUCUCUGUCAAUGUGGAGCCUGGGGAUGUUUUGAUGAGUUCAACAGACUUGACGAAAAAAUGAUGUCUGCAGUUUCACAACAAAUUCAGACCAUUCAAACAGCACUUAGAGAUCGAAAACCUGAGAUUGAAUUAAUUGGCAAACGAUGUUCCAUACAUGAAGCUACUGGUAUAUUUAUUACCAUGAAUCCUGGUUAUGCAGGAAGAUCAAAUUUACCCGACAACCUUAAACAACUAUUUAGAAGCGUCGCAAUGGUAAAACCAGAUAAGGAGCUGAUUGCCCAAGUAAUUUUAUAUUCUCAAGGCUUUAAGGACGCAGAAUCUCUUGCCAGAAAAACUGUACUAUUUUUUGAUUUAUGCAGAGAUGAAUUGGGCCAUCAAUCUCACUAUGAUUUUGGACUGCGAGCUUUAAAAAGUGUUCUGGUCAAUGCCGGGUAUCUGAAAAGAAACCAAAUGAGUUCACAUGAUCAUGUACUAGAAUCAAAAAUUUUGAUACAAAGCAUCCAAAACACCAUCAUUCCAAAACUAGUCGGACGUGAUAUUUUCCAACUCACAUCUCUUUUAGAAAAUAUAUUCCCAGGAGUUGAUACCGAAGAAGGCUCUCUAAGUCAAGAUCUGAAAAGAUGGAUUAUUGAAACAUGCAGCAAGGAAUAUUUAUUACCCGAUGACAAAUGGAUGACUAAGGUCACUCAACUUUAUCACAUUCAAAAAUUGCAUCAUGGAUUCAUUCUAGUUGGUCCUAGUGCCAGUGGAAAGUCCACCACAUGGAAAGUAUUACUGAAAGCGUUAGAACGUUAUGAGGGCGUUUUAGGUCAAUACUACAUUAUUGAUCCCAAGGCUCUCUCUAAAGAUGAGCUCUAUGGACGACUUGACCCAGUAACCAGGGAAUGGACAGACGGUGUCUUUACCAAUAUUUUGCGAAAAAUUAUUACUAACUCACAUGAGCCUUCAAGUCGACAUUGGAUUGUAUUCGAUGGUGAUGUUGAUCCUGAUUGGGUCGAAAACCUUAAUAGCGUACUUGAUGACAACAAAUUAUUUACUUUACCAAACGGAGAACGAUUGGCACUAACAGAAAAUGUGAGAAUCAUUUUCGAAACUCAUGACUUGAAAUAUGCAACUAUGGCUACUGUGAGUCGUUGUGGAAUGGUUUUCUUUAAUGACGAUAUUUUAACUGAACAAAUGAUCAUUUACAACUACUUACAAACUCUCGCUUCAGACAAGUCAAAAUCCGAGCCAUCCCAACCACGUACUAUUCAACAGAAAGUGGCUAGUAUCAUUUCUCCAUUCUGUGAAGAUAUCAUCUCAAAGUGCAUUACCUUUUCGAAACAACUUGAGCAUGUCAUGGAGUACUCUACAGUUAGAUCUCUUACUUCAUUGUUCUCUUUUAUCAAUGACAGCAUACAGGCUGUACAGGAUUACAAUUUCACACACAUAGAUUUCCCAAUGAGCGAUGAGGUCUUUCAAAAAUACAUAUCAAAGAGAUUUGUAUUCGCAAUUUUAUGGGCCUUCUCGAGCUCUUGUCCUAUCCAUGCCAGAAAGAAAUUUGCUGAUUUUAUUGCGACCAAUGUUGCAGGUGUUGAUCUUCCUUCCACAACAGCUGGAAAGGAUCUCACAGACUUUGAAGUGAAUAUCAAUGAUGGAGAAUGGGUGCCUUACGCACGAAGAGUUCCAAAGGAGGUAUUUGUGGACGAUAACAAGAUACUUGGCAAUUCAAUGAUUCCUACUCUUGAUACCAUACGGAAUGACCAUCUCGUUGAAACAUGGAUUCGGGACCGAAAGCCCAUUAUUUUAUGCGGACCUCCAGGAAGUGGUAAAACAUUUUUAUUGACUUCUGUGUUAAAAUCUCUUUCGAACUUUGACAGUUGCUUUUUGAAUUUUUCAAGUGCUACAACUCCUUCACUGAUUUUAAAGACCUUUGAAUUAUAUUGCAAGAUAACAAAUACGCCAAAUGGAUUAAUAAUGCAUCCAAAUCAAAACGGAAAGUGGUUAGUGGUGUUUUGUGAUGAAAUUAACCUGCCAACGAACGAUAACUAUGGAACUCAACGAGUAAUAACGUUCAUGCGCCAACUGAUUGAGCAUGGUGGAUUUUGGAGAUACUCUGACCUUUCAUGGAUAACAUUGGAAAGAAUAAUGUUUGUGGGAUCAUGCAAUCCUCCUACAGAUUCCGGACGUACAUCUUUGAGCUUGAGAUUUAUGAGACAUUGUCCUCUACUUUUUGUAGAUUUCCCUGAAGAAGAGUCUCUCAAACAAAUUUAUAGAAGCUUUUUGAAAGCUAUCCUUCACAAAAUUCCAAACUUGUCUCAACAAGUGGAGUCGUCUACCAAUGUAAUGGUAGAAUUUUAUUCAAAUUCUCGAAACCAUUUUACAACAGAGCAACAAAUUCACUAUAUAUACAGCCCAAGAGAACUUAGUCGAUGGAUUCGAGCUUUACAAGAGGGUCUAAAAAAUUUAAAUUUUGUAUCUUUGGAUGAUUAUGUCCGCUUACUUGCUCAUGAAGGGUUACGAAUUUUCAGCGACAGACUUGUUUCAGACGAAGAACGACAAUGGACUGAUCGAACAUUAGAUUCCAUCCUUAUGAAACAUUUCCCAACGAUUUCUGAGAGCACACUCCAAAGACCAAUCAUGUUUUGCAAGUGGCUCUCUAAUAAUUCGGUUGAAAAACAAGAACUCAAGCUAUUCCUAGAACGCAAGUUGAAAUUAUUUUCUGAAGAAGAAUAUGAUGUGCAUUUAGUUCUCUUUGAUUCAGUUAUGGAACAUAUUUUAAGAAUUGACCGAGCACUGAAACAACCUCUUGGACAUCUCUUAUUGUGUGGUACUAGCGGUACAGGAAGAGCAUUGCUUGCUAGAUUUUGUGCAUGGAUGAAUGACUAUAGUGUGUUUCAAAUCAAAGCACACAAAAAUUAUGGAAUUAAGGACUUUGAAGAAGAUUUAAGGAAAAUACUCAGACGUGCAGGAUGCAAAGACGAAAAAAUUUGUUUCAUUUUUGAUGAAUCCAACAUCCUAAAACCCAGCUUUCUUGAAUAUAUGAACUCACUGUUAGCGAGUGGUGAAGUACCUGGUCUUUUUGAAGCAGAUGAAUAUGCCAACCUGAUCAAUAUGUGUAAGGACGCUGCAACUAUGAACAAUGUGUUGAAUCUCGAUACGACUGAGGAGCUCUAUCAGUGGUUUGUUACACAAGUUCAAAAGAAUCUCCAUAUAGUGUUUACAAUUAACCCAGAAAAUGCGGACUUCAAAUCAAGAGCUGCAACCUCUCCUGCUUUGUUCAACCGCUGUAUUAUUGAUUGGUUUGGUUCAUGGCCAUACCAGGGUCUUCAGGAGAUUGCCACCUCAUUUACUACUAAGAUCACAGAGGAUUUCUUUUCAAAAGAUUUUACAAAUGUUGGAACAGUUUCGGAUGCUUUGGUUCAAAUUAAUGCAUGUGUUGAAAAGGUUGGAAAGGAUGUCGAGCGCAAGACCGGCAAAAAAUUAUUUUUAUCACCAAGGCAUUUCCUCGAUUUUAUCAAACAAUUUGAUCAAAUAUAUUGGGAAAAAAGAAAAGAAUUUCAAGAACAACAAACUCAUACUGAGAGAGGACUAAAACGGCUAAAGGAUACAGAAGAUUAUGUCAUUUCUCUUCAAAAUCAAUUGAAAGAACAGGAGGCUAAACUACAUGUCAAAAAUGCUCAAGCCAAAGAUAAGCUUGAUCUAAUAGUUGAAAAUCAAAAAGAUGCUGAAAACAAGAAACAACAAUCAAUGGUUGUAUCUCGACAGUUAGAAGAAAAGAGUAUUGGAAUUAAUAAGAGAAAGUCCCAGAGCCAAAAAGAACUUGAAGAAGUACAACCUUUACUUUUGAAAUCGCGGGAAGAAGUGAAAAAAAUUGAAGCCAAACAUAUACAGGAACUCAGAGCAUUCAACAACCCUCCUCCAAUUGUCAAAAAGGCCUUAGAAGCUGUAAUCAUUUUAUUAAGCCCUAAUGAUUGGGAAAAGAGUGUACCUACAUGGCCUGACAUCAAAAAAGUUGUGAGCUCGUUAGAUUUUAUUACAACUAUUAGAGCGUUUGAGCCUGAUGCAACCAACAUACCUAAAAAGUUAAGAAUGCGACUGCAACAAGCGUACUUGGAUGACCCUAAUUUGGAAGAAUCAAAAGUAUUCAAUGCUAGCAAAGCUUGUGGUCCUCUUAUUUUAUGGCUCUCAUCAUGUGUAAAAUAUUCUGACAUUGUAGAAAAGAUUGCUCCACUUAAGACAGAGGUACUUGCUCUGGAAAAAGAAAGCGAAACCCUCCAAGAAAAAGAGAAUGAAAUUCAACAGGUCAUUAGAGAACUGAAAUCUAAAAUCAAUGAAUUCACCAAUGAGUACACCAUGUUAGUGCAAGAAACCAAGUCCAUUGAAAUGGAAAUUAAUAUUGUCAAGUCAAAGGUAGUUAGAUCAAAAUCGCUAAUCGACAAUCUUUCACAAGAAGCAAUGAGAUGGUCAGAGCAAAUUGGGCAAUAUCACGAGCAACAACUUACUCUGUUGGGAGAUUCCAUACUUUCAGCGGCAUUUUUAGCUUAUUCUGGAUUCUUUGACGAACACAGUAGAAAGAAUUUGAUGUACAUUUGGGUAUCCAUUUUGUCUAAAUUCAACAUUGAGCAUAGAGAAAACAUUAACUUGGUUGAUUAUCUUUCAACCCCUCAACAACGAUUGAAUUGGGAAACAAACAAACUUUCAGUCAAUGAUGAAAUUGCCUUGCAAAAUGCUGUAAUUUUGGAGCGAUUUAACAAAUUCCCAUUAAUAAUUGACCCAACAGGUCAUGCAACAGAGUUUAUUUAUAAUUUCUAUCGGUCAAGGAAUAUUAUCAAAACCAGUUUUACAGAUGACUCUUUCAUGAAAAAUUUAGAAAAUGCAAUGAGGUUUGGAACUCCUAUUUUAGUUACUGACGCGGAGCAUGUAGAUCCAGUUUUGAACCCGGUACUCAAUAGACACGUGAAAAAAGUGGGAGGUAGAAGCAUUGUCAACCUUGGUAGUCAGGAUAUUGAUUUAUCUCCAACUUUUGUCUUAAUUCUUUCUACUAGAGAUGCUUCACAUCAAUAUGAACCAGACUUGUCAAGCAGAGUGACAUUUGUUAAUUUUUCCGUGACACCAUCAAGUUUAAGAAAUCAAUGCCUUUCUGCUAUUCUGCAACAGGAGAGCCCUGAAAUUGAUAUUCAACGUUCUGAACAGUUAAAACUCCAAGGUGAAUAUAAGGCCAAGUUAAGAGAGCUGGAAAAUACUCUAUUAUCAUUAUUGAGUACAUCAAAAGGAUCUAUUCUGGAGAAUGAAACACUUGUUAGUACUUUAGAAAAACUCAAAGAAAACUCAAAAGAAAUUGAAAAUAAGAAACGAGAAUCUGAACGAGUAAUUGACACUUUGGGUAGGAUGAGUGAAGUCUUUUGCCAGUUAGCAGCUUACUGCAGCACUAUCUACUUUACUUUAACUCAGUUUUCAGAAAUUAAUUCUCUAUAUCACUUCUCUCUUUCAAUACUAAUGAAAACAUUGAAUGAGGUUUUGGCAAUUCCUCAAGAUAACACACAAAAGCAUAGAGUUGAUUUCUUAACUGAAAAACUGUUUUUGGAAAUUUAUAGAAAGGUCUCUAGAAGUAUCUUGAAAAAUGAUCGCUUGACUUUAGCUAUGAAGUUAGCUCAAAUCAAAACAGAAAGUUUGAUAUCACAUGAAGAGAAAAAUUAUCUGUUCGAAGAUCUGGUUGCUCCCUCCAGCAUUGCAUUCAAUGAAAAUGGAGUUGUUUCUCUUGGCCAACUUCAACAUCACUUGAUGAAAAAGUUACAAACAAUUUCACCCUUCCACGAUAUUGUUAAGCACUUUGAAGAAAACAAAGAACAUUGGAAAAAGUUCAUUUUGGAAGAAACAAAUGAAUUACCAAAUUGCUUUGAAGCUUCUCAUAGCCCUAUCAUAAAUGCAUAUAGAAGAAUGAUGGUCGUUAAAGCAUUGAAACCUGAAGUAUUGGUUCAAUAUAUGGAACAAUUUAUUGAAACCGUGUUUGGAAGAAACUUUUUAGAAACAGAUUGGAACAUUAGCACAAUAGUAGAACAUGAAGCAGACAAGUUUACACCUUUGAUUCUUGCUUCUGCUUCAGGAUACGAUGCUUCAAUUCACAUUGAGGAAUUAGUUCGCAAUUCUCAACAUCCUUGCACCUCCAUUGCAAUGGGAUCCGUUGAAGCCAACGAGCAAGCCUAUAGGACUAUCAACUAUGCUGUUAAACAAGGUAGCUGGGUAUUACUGAAGAAUGUUCACUUGGCUCCCAAUUUCCUUUAUACUCUGGAAAAGAAGCUUCACUCUCUCAAGUACGAACAUGUUGUUCAUGAUUCAUUCAGACUAUUCCUAACAAGUGAAAUUAAUACGAACAUCAAUCAUAAUUUACUUGGAAUGUCCUAUUUACUUGUAUUUGAGUCUUCACAAGGAAUUAAGAAUUGCCUUUCUCAAACAUUCUCAAAUAUCAAAAGAAGCGAUCUGGAAAAGCCUCCUGUUGAGAGAGCAAAAUUGUACAUGCUUAUAGCUUGGUUACACGCUAUUCUUCAGGAGCGUUUGAGUUAUCCUCCAAUUGGUUGGUCUAAAAAGUAUGAAUUCAAUUACAGCGAUUUGAAAUGGUCAUUUGAUACCAUAGACAAAUGGGUUGAUCUUGUUUCAGAAGGAAGACAAAAUGUUAAACCCGAAACUCUUCCAUGGAAAGCGUUACAUGUUUUAUUAGGAGAAUCCAUUUAUGGGGGAAAAAUCGAUAAUGAAUAUGACCAACAAGUCCUCAAAAUCAAAGAUAUGGUAGAAGAAGACUCUGCAGAUUUGUUAGAAUCUAUUGUGUCAAAUCGAGCUACAAAUUCUGUUGCAGAUACGUCUAUAGAGCUUAUCCAAAAGGCGAUUGUGGAUUGGCUAGAACACUUCAAUGUCGGAUUUGAUGACACACUAGCAACACCUCCCUCCGCUCUUUAUGACCAAAAGCUCUAUUUAUUUUUCAAGAAUGAAAUUGAGAAAUUCAAACAAGUUUAUUACAUUGUCAAAACUGAUUUGAUUAAUAUCACAAAGAUCGGUAAUGGAAAGAUGAAAUAUAACAACCAUUACAGAAAGAUGAUCGAUGAUUUAGCUAAAGGAUUAACUCCAUCAUCAUGGACCUACGGAUAUCAAUAUUUAGAAGGAAUAACAGCCAAUAUGUGGCUUUUAGAUUUUAAACAACGAUUGUUACAUUUUAACGAAUUAAGAGAGAACUUUGUAAGUUAUGGCAGAUUUAACAACAACAAGGGGUGUGUUUGGCUUGGAGGAUUGUUGAGUCCAGAAGCUUACCUUACAACUUUGCGAGAAUAUACUGCAACAAAAUACAAUAUUCCAUUAGAAAAGCUUCAGCUCAAAGUUUAUGAUGGAUCAGAAUCAAACACACCAAUAGAUAUCUUUAUGAUCGAAGGGCUCAUAGUUCAAGGCUGCGCAUGGUGCGAAAACAAGCUUACUCUUGGAAAGGAACUCAGCUCGCAGGUGUCUCUCCUUAAAAUUGGAUGGGAAGAAUGCGACAACUCGAAUUUAGAAGACAAUUCUCAUGUUAGAAUUCCUCUUUAUCACAACUCGUCCAGAAAGAAGUUAUUGUGCUCGCUUUUCCUGAAAUAUGAUGAACAUCUUUCCAUCCAUUCAAUCUAUCAGAGGGGUACAGCGAUAAUUGCAAAAGAAUAA